AUGCCUUUUCUACGCCGUCGCGGCAACAUGGUCAGCGAGACCGAUAUGAGGCGCCAUACCAUUCUUGAGACCGAAACUGCACCCCAGCUACCGCCGCUUCCCCAGCAUUUCCCUCCUCAGCGGCCUCAAUCCCACCAUCAACAACAAGACCAGCUGCCGCCGCCGCCGCCGUCACCCUCCCGACCCCAAUCACAGCAGCACAAGAAGCAAAAACUCGACGACCAGCCGAAAGCAAUACCCGAACUCAAGCUGCCAUUCCUACCGCCGCCGCCGCUGUCGCAGCUGGAACAGGGGCAGGAACAGGAACAGGAACAUCAAGGGGAACAACCGCGACUAUCCGUGUCUAUUUCGAUUCAGGAGCCUCUGCCCACGUCUUUGGCCGUACCUGGGCCAUCCGACGCCGACAAUGGCGCUCUCAGCCAGCGAAACCCUGACGACCAAGAGACGCGACCAGAUACUCCUCCCAUUCAAGAAGAAACACCGAAACACCGACGUUUCUCCAUAUUGAGGUUUCGCAAUGCAUCCGACUCGCAACUGUCUGUCAGGGCUAAACAACAGGCCGAGAAGCCCCCUCCUAUACCUCGCCCCCCUGAGAUUAUCACGACUGCUCCUACCGCCGACUUUCAGGUUCCCCAGAAGAAGCAAUCACGCAUGCGACUCGCGGACCGCUUUCGACGUUCGGGCGAAAUACCAAGACACAGCGAGGAUGGCGGCGGCAGGGCCAUGACGUGGAAAUCGUCAAGAAGAAAGACGGGUUUGGAUGAAAUGGAAUCAAGAAACCGACCAACCCUCGUGACGUUCGAAGAGCCCGACCGCCCAGCAUCGUCGAGAGCGCCAACCAAUGGAGAGCAUCACGACGUCCCUAAUCUAUCUCUUCCCAGCAAUCGAGCCUCAGAAUCGUCACGGUCCGACGUUAGCUCAGGGGAACAUUUGUAUGUUACAAAUGCCACAGGCAACUCGCCCCCGGUGCCUUCAGGAUCCAACUUCUUUCGCCUACCUCGAAGGAAACCCAAGACUGCAGCGCCAAUGUUCGACUUAUCACAUUUACCACAGAAGGGCAAACCUUCAAUUGGGACUGACAACCCUGCCACUUCAUCUUCAUCUCUCGGCGGACCCCAGCCGACCGCUAUUUCUACUUCUAGAGAGGGCACCCCGCGUCCUCAGCAAGGCUCGCGGCCGCAGUCGAGUCACAGUAUGCGGGCCAAUUCCGUAGCGUCCUCUGCGCAUGAGCAAUCAGCGAAGCCAAGUGCUUCACCCGCCACCGCUCUAUUUAAACCAGGAUCGACGAAUUCGGGACAAUCUUCCCCUACGCGUGCCCGCUUACAGCGCCGUGGCAGGUCUUCAACCUUGAGUUCUCUUGGAAGAGAAUCGACAGAUGGCCAUCUAGAUCCAGGAAAUGGGCGAGCGUCGACAUCGGUUGGUCGAAAAAGCUUUGGUGAUUUGUUUGGGCUAAAUCGACUGCGCCAGAACUCUGACCUCGGCCAGGGACGGCAAGGCAGCUUAACACCAGCAACACCUGGAUCCAAUACUUCGAAGAACAAUUCUUUGCAGAUUGCGCGAGAAGCCAUUCCUCUACCCGACAGGCUUGAGGACGAAACUCCCGUCAAAUACCUCGCUCGGAUCGAGGAGAUAUUAAGUCGCGGAGUUAUUGCCAGUGCGUUGUCUAAGGGAAGUGAUCCAUUCUCGAUAGCAGUUUUGCGCAGCUACAUGCGCCGCUUCAGCUUCUUUGAGUAUCCAAUGGAUAUGGCCAUCCGAAAGCUACUCAUGGAGGCUGAGCUACCAAAGGAGACACAGCAGAUAGACAGAUGUCUGCAAGCCUUUGCGAACCGUUACCACGAAUGCAACCCCGGCAUUUAUGCCUCUCCAGAUCAGGCGUAUUUCGUCGCAUUCUCUCUACUAAUUUUACACACUGAUGUUUUCAACAAAAACAACAAGCACAAAAUGCAGCAACCCGAUUACUUAAAGAACACCAAGGGAGAGGGUGUUUCAGAUUCGGUCUUGAGCUGUUUCUACGACAACAUUACGUAUACCCCUUUCAUUCAUGUCGAGGACGACUUGGACCUCAACAGCGAUCGACUCUUGGCAAACAGGGCCAAGCGGAAGACGAUUUUCCCGGGAGGCACACCGGAAGCUACUGCCAGGCGGUCAAACCGAGAGCCUCUCGAUCCUUACACACUUAUAAUAGACGGCAAGCUGGAUAUCUUGCGACCGAGCCUCAAGGAUGUCAUGGAACUCGAGGACCAUUAUAAUUAUUUAGGGACGGCAAAAGAUCUCAACGUAAAGGAGCUUCAGAGGACGUUCUUUAGAACAGGCGUGUUGCAGAUCGUGUCGGCCAGGUCUCGACCCGAUGCCUUCCGUGACGACAAGGGCUCCAGCAACCCGGCUGAGGCGGCGCAGGGCGUUGUGGAUAUCAAGAUCACCAAGGUCGGGCUCUUGUGGCGCAAAGAUGUCAAGAAGAAGAAGACGAGGUCACCGUGGCAGGAAUGGGGAGCCAUUCUCACGGGCGCUCAACUCUACUUCUUCCGUAACACCACUUGGAUUAAAAACUUGAUGCAUCAGUACGAGUCUCAUGUCAAGCAGGGGUUCGAUGGUGAGCCAAUCACUUUCAAACCACCUCUUCCGGAAUUCAAACCAGACGGGUAUCUGCCGACUAAGGAGGCCGUUGCCCUCGUCGAUUCUACCUACAAGAAGCAUAAGAAUGCCUUCAAAUACGCUCAGCCCAGCGGCUAUGUGGAGGAAGUUCUUCUGGCCGAUAAUGAGGAGGAGAUGAAUGAUUGGCUAGCGAAGCUGAACUACGCGGCUGCCUUCACGACGUCAGGUGUUCGUAUGAGGGGCGUCGUGGGAGGCAAUUAUGAGGGCCAAAGUCGGCGCGGCAUUAGGAGACUCGGCAGCUCAGCCUCUGCCCAGGUCAUUCAGACUCCAACUGGCGAUGUUAGCAUUGUUCGAGGCAAGAUUGAUCACAAAGAGGCCGAAUCCAUUCACGCGCAACGGCGGCAGACUAUGAUGGACGCAGUUGCCAAAGCCGAUGAAGAAAUUGCUCUGAAGGAGCAAGAAUUAGAAGGGCACUUAAGGAACGCCCGGCACCUUCAGAUCUUGUCGCCCAUCCAAGGCAAAACCAGAGAUCAGAUCCUAUCAGCUGCAGCUCACAUGGACGUCAAGAUCAAAUGGACUCGCAUGGACAUGUGGAAAUCAAUGUGCCAUCGCGAUGUUUUAUUGAAGGACCUGGCCGAGGAACAGAGUCUUCGGGGUCUGACACCUACCACAACUCCAAACGGCCGGGAGCCCCGUGAGACAUCACCUUCUUCUAGAGAAAGACCCUCCAUUCCUGAUGCUGUCUCGUCAAAUAGCGUGGGACGGAGGCGCAGGCGGUCAUCUGCUGCAGUCUCUACAAACCAGCCGUUGAGAACGCCGCAGGCAGAGCCCGACUCUCCUGUUACUGAAGCUUAUCAAACACCGCCGACCAGUGCUACUUUUAGCCCGCACAAAUAUCAAAACUCUUGGGACUCCAAGCUUUCCAAGUCGACGGAGCAUGCACAGCGUCAGAGACCCGGUUCCAGUUCCAGUCAGUCAUCUGGCGAGCCGACUUUUUACAGCCCGCAACAACAUUCAACGCAGAAGAAGGGCAACACCGCUGAGCAGCCUGCAGACAACGACCGACAUGACGACGUUGAUGCAAAUGAGCGGGCGCUACUACAGCAAGCCGGCCUGCUCGAGUCAGGUUCUCGCGGACGAAUUCCCCCGCCGGAACGGAAGCGCACGGGGUCAUUCUCUGAGCCAGGAGAUGCCUCGGAGUCUCGAGAUACGCCAGGCUCAAUCGAUAAGCAGGACAAGACCAAGAUCCGACGAAGCCUUCAACGCACACUCAGAGAAAGUGCUGGCCAUCUUUCACACCAUCGCAGCAGGAAAGGCAAAGAUGUCAUUUCCAGUGGCGGUGCGGACGAAACAAGCCGCGAGGACGUGCUCACCAGGGGCUCCGGUAGUUUUGUCGUACAUGGAAAGAAGGCGUCCGUCAUCAACUUUGGCUCUGAGCUACAGCAACUAACUCCGGAGGAGCGCAUGAGGCAGCGAAAGCAGGACGAACCCGCAUCUCCCGUCAGUAUCGCGGAAGACUAUCACGAUGCGUUGAAUAGUUCGCUGGAACCAAAGGAAAGAAGAGGAUCAGCAGCCAGCGCCAGCACUGCCACGGCUAGGAGCUUCCGUGAACUUCACCGCAAGUAUUCUUCAGCACACGCGUCCAAAGCACCCAUCUUUGGCGGGCGGCUUUCGGUGCCAUCCGAUGGCGAGAGUGAGGCAGCAGUCAGUUUUUCCGAGGGACGAAGGACACCACUUCCUCCAAUUGAGAAUGAGUCCGGGGACGAAGCAGAGAACGAGAUUGCUGCAGACAGUCCGCAUGUUGCCAGCCCGCGGCCCACAACUAGCCCGCAGCUGAUUAUAAGUCCACAGCCCAUAUCUGCUGCGCUGGCAACUCCACUAGCAACCCCAUCUGAGCCUACGACGCCUCUGGAAGCGCAAGUGGACGAGGAGGGCGAGAGGGGUGCUGAGAUGCAGCGACUGCCUAGCCCACCUGUGCAAGCAGUCAAAGCCUAG